GAUAAGAUAAAUGAAGAUGAGUAUUCUGUGAGAAUCAUUCUCAUCAUUGGGAUCUUUGCUAGCUGCUAUUAUAUAUUUGUGGUGGAGCUGUGCACAUUCACCGUACAGUUAUUAGAGGCAAAGGUGACUUUCCUGGUGAUUUUCCACAUGUUGUUCCUCCUGUGCGUGUGCUGUUAUCUACGGACUGUGAUGACGCCUCCUGCUGUACCUCCUGCAAAAUUCCGCCUAUUGGAGUCUGACAUUCAGCUGUACCAGAGCGAUGAGAGGCCAGAAGUGCUGCAGAAGAUCCUCAUUCAUAAGGCUAAAGACUUGACUGAAUAUUGUACUGUCAAUUCCCAAACAUCACUGAGGUACUGUAAGACAUGCAAACUGCUAAAGCCAAACAGAUGCUACCAUUGCCCAGUGUGUAACAUCUGUAUCCUGAAACUGGAUCAUCACUGCGUAUUUCUAAACAACUGUGUGGGAUUAUCCAACUACAAGUUCUUCCUCCUGUUCCUGCUGUAUGCAGUGCUAUUGUGCAUAUUCACUAGUGCAGUGUCGCUUUAUUGCUCCAUUCUACUCUGGACUCAUCAGCUGCCCAACAGCCAAUCCAAAAUCCCUAUCAUUGUGCUGUUCAUCUUAUGUACACUGUUCUCUAUAGCCCUAUUCCAAUUGUUCCGCUACCAUUUCAACCUGGCUGUAAGGAAUAUAAGUGAGAGAGAGUAUCAUGGUGACACAGAGGAGUAUAAUCCCUAUAACUUGGGCUUCAGCAAGAAUCUGAGACAAGUGUUUGGCAAUGAAAAGAAAUAUUGGCUCCUCCCAAUCUUCAGCAGUUUAGGAGAUGGCUUCUCAUUCCCAAUGGGAGAUGCCGCAGAGGACAUAGAGAAAAAUGCUGCUUUUGCCAAGCACAGGACAACAGUGUCCCAAAGCAAGAGAAUAUUGAAAAGGAGGACCAUGUUGUAG